AUGCAACGGAGCGGAGAAGAUUUACAGCUGCAAACAUUUGGAGCAGGUGGUGUUUUGACCCCUCUUCGUCUCCUGCCUGAUUUUCCAUUAGGGAUUCUGAUUGCGAGUGGGUGGGGGUCCCGGGUGGGGGUCCUGUGUGGGGGUGAGGGGGGGUCCUGCCAUGUUCCCCUCAGGCUCAGGGCAAAGCGGGCCUCUCAGCGACCAGUGUCCGCAGGAUUUGACGUGGUUGGACUGGAGCUGGCGUACUUCCGGUCUCCUGAAAACCCUCGCACAGCUCGUUUAUUAGCAUGCUCCGCUGUGGCUCCGUUUGUCUGCAUUCAGGGCAAUUCUGCUGAGAGACAAGGCACAUGA